AUGAAUGACGACACAGUUACUCUAACCGCCUCGUGUCUUUGCAGAUCACAGGUUCACUCAGCCACUGUUCCAAAGUCCAGCCUUCCUCUCCAAGCGCACAUAUGCCACUGCAACACCUGUCGGCACCUCACUGGCUCUCUGCACACCUCACUGGCCUUCUGGCGCUCUCCGCGCAGUACGGUCGAUCUCUCCAACUUCCAAACCUUUAGCUUCAGUCCAGCAUUUGAGAUGCUCUUCUGUCCAACAUGCUCUUCGCCAAUUUUCGGUGCCUUUACAGACAAGACGCGACCUCUGGGUGUAGUGACGGGCGCACUGGAUAAUAUCGCAACCGAACCAGAAGUAGUAAGAUGGAACGAUAUGGGAUUUGUGGCCGACACGCUAGACGGAGGCGCAAGUCUGUGGUUGCGAAAUGUCAAUGUUUCCGGUCCGGCUUUGAAGUGUUUCCAGUAUGAAAGAAGAGGUGACAAUGCGAAAGAAGUUCCAGAGGAAUGGUAUACUCAACAACACACUAUACAGUCUACCACAGAAAGAAAUGCUGCUGUAUCGAUCAGGUGUAAAUGCCAUGGCGUACACUUUCUGCUCCGCCGGGGUGACUACGAGAACAUGAGCGCUGACGAUUUACCCUGGAACGUGGACCCCGACAGUAGAAAACUCAAAGCCGAAUUAUGUGGCUGCGACAGCUGCCGGUUGCAAAAUGGUACUGAUGUCUUCUACUGGACGUUUGCGGAGAUGAAGAAUAUUUCAUUUGCCGGGGAUAAUGACGAGGCGGGUUUUCCUCUCCACAUGGACGAUUUGACUACAUUAGUUGAUCAAAGGGAUCCGCGAAUCGGUUCAUUGACAUAUUACCAAUCGUCGGCUAGGGUGCAUCGGUACUUCUGCCGGGACUGCUCUGCAACAAUCUUUUACGCCAAUAGCAACCGACCGCGCAUAAUUGACAUUGCUGUGGGGGUUUUGGAGGCAAAGGAAGGUGCCAGGGCGGAGGGUAUGCUGGCAUGGUCGUUUGGUACAGGAGUCGGGACCAAGGAGGAUGCAAAUGGCGGGUGGCGUCAAGGCGUUUUCGAGAGAAUAGCAAAGGCAGUAGAGGAGUAUGGGAAGAAGCAGGAUUCGAUGGAACAAGACUAG